UGGACAAAGCUUUGUACACAAUCGGGCUGGAGUUGAAAAAGGACUUCCCGACUGUUUUCACAACGUUGUAAGCGUAAACGAAGGGGAAAUUAAUGAGUCCUUAAGUCUUAUAUCAAUGAAGCCACAUCGGAGCUGUUAAAUAGACAAUACAAAUAUCGUUGUAUUUUCCCGCUGGAAAAUAUAUAUAUGAUUGUGAUAUUUAUAUUAGAAUUAUGUCAAAAUUAAUUACGUGUUUUAGUUUAAAAAAAAAAAAAAGUAGAAAUUGACUUCCUCACUCGGGCUUGAGUUUUCUUCCGAUGCGAAAGGUCACAAGCAAGAUGGCGCCGACCAAGUGGACCCGUGCUAACGACAAGGCUUGUGUUAUUCCAGAAGGUUUCACAGUGUUGCCCUUAAAGUUUUACUCCGACACGAAAGCGCAACACAGCUUGUACGCGAAAGAGCACAAAGUUCGGGCAGAGAAUUGUCCCCACAGACCGUUGGACAAGACGUUGUUUGUCCUCAACAUCCCCCCGUACUGCUCUGAGGAUGUGGUCAAGCAGCUCUUCUCCCAGUUUGGCCCUGUGAAGUCUGUGGAGUUGGGUGACCACCCAGGCUCGUUUCACUCGGGUCCCAAACUGUCCAAACACUUCACACCAGCCCAGAAGCAGUGUUUCAAAGUUGGUUACAUUGUGUUCCAUAACCGCUCCAGCGUUGCUGCGGCGAAAUCGCACCCCCAUAACGUGGCUUUGGUUGUCUGCUCAACACAACAUACAGUUAAGACCGGAGUACCGAAAUGGAUUCAGCAGUACAAAGACGCCUUUGUUCAGCCAGACAAACUACAAGGUAUAGUCGAUGACUUUAUGAAGAACUUUGACAAAAAGAAAGAAAAGGAAGAGGAGCGCCAGAGAAAGGAGGUGGAGCAACAAAAAGACGACGAGGAGGGCUGGGUGAAAGUCACCAGGGGACCCAAGGGCAACAAGGCUCGUCCCCGUAGCGAGGCCGCUAACAAACGGGCAAUACAAAAGGAGAUGAGGAAGAAGAAGAGGAAGGAGCUCCUGAACUUUUACACUUGGCAGCAUAAGAACACACAGAAAGAACAUAUUGCUGAGCUGAGGAAAAAGUUUGAGGAGGACAAGCAGAGAAUAGCGCUCCUGAGGGCUCAAAGAAAAUUCAGACCCUAUUAAAACCAUCACCCAGAUUCUUUUGGUCACGACAUGACUGAAUGUUGCCGAGUUUGUCAUCAAUCUGCUCUGCAAGACUUAUGCUGCAUUCAGGACGGCUGGGAAGUCGGAAAUAUCCACAAAGCAUUCCCGUUGAAAAUACACCCCAAAAAUGUCCGACAACCUCAAUAGACAUGUUGGCCAGCAAUACAGCAUCAUAUGUACUUCAUCAGUUGUUACAAAGAAAAACAAUAUAAAGUGUGGAUUUUUCCAUUCAUACUCAGUGUGCUUAUUUAAGUUA